GGCCCGGGAGUUGCCAGUCGUCCGCCGUCCGUGCAGCACGUCGUUUCUCGUCGUCGUCGCACGCGUCCGCCGCGUCCAGCAGCUGAACACACGCACACUUGCCCAGCUCCCCCCCUCCCGCACUACCCACCGCUCAACGACGCAUCAAACGGUCGCGCGGCGCCGCGCCGCCCGCCCCUUAUCAGCGCCGCCGACGUCUCUCCCGGUGGGCACGUCGCCGUCAUUGGUUUCGGUUUUUUCGACUCGUCAACACGAAUCUUCUCUCCCCAUUGACCGUUUCCGCGUCGUCGAUGCCAUAAUCUUCUCCGGACGUUUCCCGUCCACCACCGGCGCACACCGCCGCGUGCCGCAACAAUUUCGGCGCUUAUAAACGUUAUCGCUAUUACAUUACCACCUACCGUAGUUGUCCAUAUCUCGCAACCGUCGUAUUAUUGUACAUAAUUAUACGCGCUUACCUGCCUAUCUACCUGUACGUACACGCACGCCUGACCCAAUUAUACGCGGUACCGGAAGACCCUGGACACGGCGUCUUCAUAACAACUUCCCUGCGUCGUGCCAUCGGCAAAUUUGGCUAGGGCAAAGUGUAGAAAAUCGUGCAAAGACGUCAGGACACGGAGAACCUCUGGCGUGGGUAGGUCCCGUCGAUAAUGCUUAUGGGAAGGUGCACUGGGCACCAACGCGUUACAUGGACGAAGAUUUGGACGGUACUCGGAGCGCGAUCGGUGGUGGCCAAGACGACGCCACCGCUAACGGCGACAAAGCCAAAAGGAUACCGCCUCCGCCGCCGCCCCCGUUACACCAUUUCCAACAGCAACAGCUACAACAACAACAUCACAUGCAGCAGCAGCAGCAGCAGCAGCAGCAACAACAACAACACAUGCAGCAACAACAGCUACAAAUGUAUCAGCAACAGAAUCAACAACAACGCCAUCCGCAACAACUAAACCAUCAUCAACAGCAGCAGCAACAGCAACAACGACAUAAUCAGUUACGCCAUCAUCAAAUGCAGCAGCAACAACAACAGCAGCAGCAACAACAACAACAACAACAUCAACAACAGCAACAACAGCAGCACCAGCACCAACUGCAAAAAUAUCAACAAUACCGCAACCGCCAUCAUCAGUAUCCGUCCGCAGCGGCCAGUAGCUCCGCCGUCGCGCCCGUCACAACCGUCAAUUCUGCCACCGCCGUGGCCAUCACUACUACGGUUACCACAACCGCUGUUGUCGUCAACUCCACGGCGUUUCCGCCGAAGCUUCCACAGCCCUUGUCCAACAAUGUGCUGCACGCCAUGGCUGCUGUGGCCGCGCCGUACGCCGAGGCCACCGCCGACAGGUCUGACUCGGGUCUCAGUUCGUCGCGCACGCUCAACUCGGGCGACGAACGAUCCGGAUCGCAUUCGAGCGCGUUCAGCGGUUCUGAAGACCACGCGGCCGCCGCGUCGCCGUCCAACGAACAACAUCAAACGCCGCCGUCUCCGUUCAACAACAUACCCGUCUGGAGGGACCCUCACAUGCUGCAGUCGCCGAACGGUCCCAUAAGACACGUGGACAGCGUUCAGCACCAGAGUCUAUUCAUGUCGAACACGGCGCAAAUGCCACAGAUGAUGUUGCCCUAUCAGCCUUUUCCACCGCCGUCCGUUGGGCCACCGCCACCGAUGCCACCUCAGACGCCAACGCCUUCUGCGAUGCAGCCAGCACUGGGCGCAGCCGGAAUGCUGUGGAAACCACCGACAGUUGCCGCGGCGAACGCCAACAAUAAUUCUGCAGCAGCCAACAACUAUUACCACCAUCAUCGCCCCAACGAACAGCACAAACCAAACAGCAGAGGAAAUGUAGAAAAGGACGUUUACAAAGAAAUGAAAAGAGCCAAACAGCCGCAGUACGCGCAAGGCUCUUCUGGGAGUGGCAAAAAUAGGGGCGGAGGUGUUCCCAUCGAGAACGGUUCAAAUAACGAGUAUGGGCAGGUGGAAAUCGAACGGAUGAUAAACCGUCACCAGAGAGGCAAUCGCGAACAUAGCGAAAAGCAACAAGCCGAGGCAGCUGUCCAUCAGCAUUUCGAGGAGAGCCUGAAACUUGCUCAGCAACAAAGGAGAACCAAUUGGAUAUCAAAUUUACCUUCCCCGCCGAAAAAUGUGUACCCAAGUCAAGGAUCCAAGACUCAAGAUACAUUUAAACAAAGACACCCAUCUCUAAAUGGGGCAAAUCAAACAGCCAAUCAUCGAGGAGUCGACGAUUGGAAAGAUAAGAAAAACAAAUAUGCAUCUCCUAGAUCAACACCGGUUGAUCCUUCAUCUUCUAGACCUCCAACUCAACAAGCACAUUACAGAAAUCAGGCUGUUCCUAAAUCGAAUUCUGAUCACGAAAAUGCAUUAACCAACGCCAACGAAGGUGGAAACCAUAAUAAUAUGAUCUCGUAUGCUCCUUACAUGAAUGCAAAUCAUGUAUAUGCACCUCCUUCCAAUUCAUCAGUGAUAGUUAGAAAUGAUUCUUCGUACAAAAAUUCAUCGAUACCUAUGCCAGACGCUUAUUCGUAUAACCGUACUCCUACUAUUCUCACAGUCCCUGCUGUAAAACUAGACUGUAAUAAAGAACCAAAACAAGCCAAGUCAAUGCAUUAUUCCAGGCCAUUGUCAGUCAAUACUAGUCAAUCAAAAGGUCACAACUCUUCUCCAGAACCACAUCAUCCUGGGCCACUGUUGAAUACAUAUGGUCGUUACGCUUUGUAUCCACCUCUAACUGAUAAAGCUCAAAGGGAUUUGGACACACCCCCUCCAGCACAUUUAAAUGCAAUGAUGUCUAAUGCCCUACCAAAAUUUGUACCUGUCGCAGUACCAGUCGAUGAUCUCCAAACGGAAGCAUUAGAUCUAGUUAUGAUUUGUAAUAAAGCUACACAUGAAACUGAUGUUCCUUUACAUUUAAAUUUUAACUAUAAAAAUGCUAAACCAGAUCCUCAAGAUACGAUAAACACAUUUGAUGUAAAUGUUUGUAUUAAGACUAAAAAACGGAACUAUUUAGAAACGUAUUUGCCUAACAAUGUUAAUGUAAGCUCAUCACCUAUCACAAUAACAAGCAAUUUGUCUACCAAUUCAGCGAUCUUAUCGACGACACUUUCAUCAAAUAAAUCAACAACUAAUUUGACAACUGUACCAACUUCUAUUCCGUCUACUGUUUCUGUGAUUGAUCCAAAGACUAUUACAGUUUCUAAUUCAAAAGCCAUCUCGUCCACAUCUUCGACGGAGAUUUCAACUAUUACUCCUGUAUCAGUCCCAAUUACGAUAAGUUCGGCAACCAAAUCGCCGACUAUUGUUACAACAGCAAACUCGGUGACAACUCCUGCAAACGCUACAAUAACCAAUUCGAAUACCUACGAUUCUUCCCCAUCUACACCUCCCCCAGUGCUAAUGCCUGCUACUUAUACAGAAAUGUCAAGCGGAAUUAGAACUCAUCCGCACAAGUUAAAGAAAGCAUGGUUACAACGCCAUGUAUGGGCAGAAGAUUUGAAAGAAGCUGGUGUUAAUAUCGACCAAAAUCCGUCCCAUUCUUUCUCUCAAAUGGACGACACUCCUCCAGUUUUACAAUGUGAAAUUACCAAAAAAAGAAAAAAUUCUAAAAGUUCAUCAGAUGAUAAUACUGAAGUAACAUUACCUCCGGUAAUUUUGCCAUCUACGAGUACUUCGCACGCCGAACCGUCGACAUCUAAUAAUGGGACCAAGAAAUGCAAGAAAAGAAAGGUCUCAAAUCCCGCGACAUCUUCGGAAAGUAAAAGCACAACAGACAAUGCCAGAUCUUUGGAAGUUGUCGAGAAAAAAGUUCCACCCAUUAAGAUUCCUAAAAAGAGAGGAAGAAAACCAAAGGUUGUUGUAAGUAUACCAUUGAAAAAAGGAAAAAAUAAUGAUGGUGAGGUGCGGUUUUUUCAAUCGGGCCCAUGUUUAAAUGCUGGGCCAAAGAUUCAUAAAUGUAGAGAAUGCCGCAUAUUUAUAAACAAUAAGAAAAAUGAUAUUAUGACGCAAGAUGAGAUUGAUAACAUAUUUUGCCGGUUUUACGCAUUUCGUCGGUUGUUCACAAAUAAAACUGGACAAUUAAUGAAUGCUGGGUUCCCUGAUCCUUUCUUGGAUAUUACUGAAGAUGAUGCGAAUCUUUGGUUACCUAACCCGGAAUGUCCACCAAGUUCAAUGGAUGUCGAAGUUGCAAAAAAGGUGUUAGUUGAGGCUGGUCGUCAAUUUUGUUAUUUAGUGAAAGAAGAAAAUAAAGCUCUAACUCUUUCACCAUAUUUCCAAGGCAAACCUAUUGCAUGGAAAAAAGCAGCAAAUGGUGUAAGGGAAAUGUGUGAUGUUUGUCUUACGACUAUUUUUAACUACCACUGGGCAUGCGCAAAAUGUGGUUUUGGAGUUUGCAUUGAUUGUGUUAAGGCGCGUCUCAAUGGAUCGUCAGAGUCGCCAAACGCCGCGACCAUGACUAAGAAGGACCUACGAGAGAAGGACACGUUCACGUGGAUGACUUGUAACAGCAAACAUAAUCACGACGUCGAGAGACUCAUGCUUACACAAAUCGUAGCCAGUGACUCAAUGGAUGUUGUAUUCUCAGAUUUACACAAAGUCAGUACUUUGUGGAACAUUUCCAUCGAAUGUGGUUGUCCAGGACAUCCUUUCCCCGAGCUACAGGGUAACGUCAGCACUGAUGACGAGGAUGAAGAUGAGGAGCCGUCUUCAACAACACAAGCAAGCACUUCAAGUGCCAAUAAUUCUCAAAACAGUUCUGCUGAAAAUGAUAAAACUAAUUCUUCCGAGAACUUGAAAAACGAAUCUGCAAAUAACUCAAAAAUCAAAUUGUCGGAGGACUCUAAAACCAUUCCUGCCGGAAACUCUACAAACAGUGCUGCCGAGAACUCGUUGAAUAAUCCGAUUGAGAGCUCUUCGAACAAUAUUGCCGAGGGAUCUAAGAGUAGCGGUCAUUCCCAAAAUGCUAUUAACAUCGAACCACAGAUUGCCGGGACCUCUAAUGGUAGACGAGUGAGUGUUCAAUCUGAUCCGGGUAAAAGAGAAGCUUUAAAACACUUUGUCCGAAAGAAAAAUAAAUAUCUGAGAACUAUUCCACGUGAACCGCUUCCGCCACGUGCAAUGACACUAGCAGAGAGCCGAGAAUUUUUCCCGAACAAUCCUCAUACAUGGUUAUGUGACGGAAAAUUAUUGAGACUUUUGGAUCCUGAAGAUUCUACCAAUUACGACAUGUUCCAAGAGCAAUGGAAAAGAGGUCAGCCGGUAAUGAUCAGUGACGUAGGCCAAAGGUUAAAUCCAGAGUUUUGGAGUCCCAAUUCGUUUAGUCGUGACUUCGGUGAAUUCACAAACGACUUAAUUGACUGCGCCACCGGCAUGCUAAUUGAGGGUAAGACUAUGAAACAAUUUUGGGACGGUUUCGAGAACGAAAGCAAGCGACUCAAGAGUGCGGAUGGUAAACAAAUGUUGUUGAAACUAAAAGACUGGCCAGUUGGUUCUGAUUUUUCAGACACUUUACCGGAAAGCCUUUUCCGAUAUAGAUUCGAUGAUUUAAUGAGAGUGUUGCCGUUAAAGGAUUAUACUCUACGCGACGGUAAACUUAAUUUGGCAGCUAGAUUACCGGCAUGUUUUGUACGACCAGAUCUCGGACCAAAAAUGUACUCGGCUUACGGGAAUGUGGGAAAUCGCGAUUCCGGCAAACGGUUAAUGAGCACAACUAAUCUACAUUUAGACGUGUCGGAUGCAGUUAAUGUAAUGGUGUAUGUGGCUAUUUCGCGCAAGAAUGGAAAUCAAGACAACGAGGCUGAUCAUGAAUGGCACGUAAAGGAAGCAUAUCGGGCGAUCGACGAAGCCGGCUGCGACAUGGCAAGCAGGAGACGGGCCCGCGAGCCCAAAGAGUUGCCGGGCGCGGUGUGGCACAUUUAUCACGCUAAGGACGCAGACUCGAUACGCGACCUGUUAAACAAAGUGAGCGCUGAACGCGGUGUACCGCUGGAACCAAACCACGAUCCCAUUCACGACCAAGCCUCAUACUUGGACGCAGAUCUCAGGGCGCGGUUGUAUACCGAAUACGGUGUCCAGGGUUAUGCAGUGGUACAGUGUCUCGGCGAUGCUAUCUUCAUUCCGGCGGGAGCCCCGCAUCAGGUAAGAAAUCUGCAUAGCUGCAUCAAGGUGGCCGGUGACUUCGUGUCGCCCGAAAACGUGUCUCAAUGUUUCCGGUUGAUGAACGAGUUUCGCGACCUGUCAAGCGACCAUAGCAACCACGAGGACAAACUACAGAUCAAGAACAUCAUGUUCCACGCAGUCAAGGACUCGAUUUCGGUGUUAUUGCACGAAAAUCUGGAAGAUCCGGAGGAACAAAAGGAAUCAGCAACACCGAAAAAGGAAAAGGAAAAGGAAAAGGAAAAGGAAAAGGAGAAAGAAAAGGAAAAGGAAAAGGAGCAGGAGCAAGAGCAGUAGAUGCGUAUUUAAUUAUUUUUUCUCCCUAUGGUAAUUUAUUAUAAUUUUAUUUUGAUCAUUAUUAUUUUCUCUCAUUGUUAUUACAUAUAUUAAUUUGUAAAUAAUCCAUGAACGACAUUUUACUUUAGUCCGUUUUAAUAUUACUAUUUUUAAUAUAAUAUAUUAAUUAAUAAAAGUUAAUUUAUAUAUUAUUUUUUUUCUAUAUAAAUAUAUACAUAUUAUAUAUUUGUAUUAUAUUAAAAUUACAAAACUAUUCAACAUUUUUAUUUUGAUGCUCCCGAGAGCACUACAAAAAAGGGUUUUUUUUCAUUAAUUUAUGUGUUUGUUUUCUUUGUUUAAUAUAAUUGUGAUAAUAUGACUUCUUGUACUUAGAACUUAAAGUUAUUAUUAUUAUUUUUAUUGUAUUAUUAUUUUCUAUCUUUGAUUUUGUUAACAUAUUAUUUUAGUAAUAUUCAUUAUUAAAACGAUAUAUUAUGUCAUUUGGAAAUAAUACACAAAAACAAACAAGAAACAGUACAAUUUAUACAAGGAAUGUCGAUUUUAAUAAUAUAUAAUUUUUUUUGUACGUUAUUACUUCUGUAAUUUUUUUUUUUUUCGUUAUCUCGUGCAUUUUAUUUUUUCCACAAAUCACGAAAAAUUGCAUGCCAUAAUACUUUUCCAAGCAAAAAUUCUUUCCCAUUAAUACCCAUAAUAUGGUCAUUGAUUUCAAUUUAUGUUUGCUUCAUUGUGUUUCUUUACUACAACUACAAUAAUCUCAUUAUAAAAUCGCACGCAUUAAUUAGAUACGACAAUCUAUCUACGUUAUUUUUGCAUGUCGAUUAUUUAUAAUGUAAUAUUAUGAUUUUAUUAUUUUGUUAACGUGUGAAACAAACAUUAAACACGCCUAUCAUAUACAUAACACACACACACACACACACACACACAUUACACACAGUGUUACUAUAAUACAGUGUUUGAAGCAACUGAUGACAUUAAUUUGUAAUCCUCUAUGCAUAGGUUUUAUGUUUAAUUUGUGUAUUAUGUUAAGUUAUGGGUUAUUAUAUACGCUCGUGGAUCGGACGCGUUUUGUUUUACGUAUACGUGACAUUUGUUCACGGGCUAAUUUUUUUUUUUUUAUAUAAUUAAUAUCCGGAAAUCGCGGAUUCUUGAGUACCUACAGUUAUUUAUCGUACCGCGUUGACUAGUUGUUGUCGCGAGGUAAUCCGUACGCUAAACCUGUUUUAUUAUAAUCUGGUCUCUCAUUAUACAUUAUAAUAUAUAAUGCCCACUUAAAACCAUCUCGUUUGAUCGUCGACUUCUCGGGAUAAAAUUUCCGAUUGAAUUAUUUCACCAUCACUUUGAACCGCGAUUUAUUUGAUCAGACGAACGAUUUUACCAUCCAAUGUGGCAAUCUUAUAACAUUAUAUGAUUGCUAUCAUCAUUAAAUCGUCGUCGUCGGCGUGUUUGCUUUUUAACUAGUAAAUUUAUUUAAGAAUUUUUCAAAAAUUAAUUCGUGUAUUGAUGUUAUAAACAAAUAAUAAUUAUCCUUUUAUUAAUUAUGAAUGUUUAAAGCGCAGAAAUUAUGAUGUCAUUAUGCAUAACACAAUAGUAUGCUAGCUACUUCAUUUUUCCUUUUUAUCGUGCAAAAUAUUACGCGUUGACAGUUUGACACUGUAAUAUUAUAAAAUUAAACGAAAAAAAUACAAAUCUAUCAACAGUUUUCCAUUUGAAAAUUGAGUCGCGUGUUCUCCGUCGUCGAAUAACUGUGACGUGAGCUAAAGCCAAUUAAGCCGCGAAUAUAUAGAUAAAAAAAAAAAAUUUUAAUUUUAAUUUAUAAUUCCGAUUAUAUAUGUCCCCUUGCACUAACUAUUUUAUUACCUAAUCCACGUCAUGUGGGUGUAAGAUACGUCGUCUUACUUUGACAGUGUUCUCUCGGUCAUCGCCAUGUUCGUUGUUAUAAACAGGGAAUAAUAUACGUGACAAUAUUGCAUUACAAUAAUCUUAUUAAAACUUUCGUGACUCACGCUAUGUUCGAUGUGAUAUACAAUUGAUUUAUAUGCCUUAACAUUAUAGUGCUAUCUGUGUACAAUUAUUAGGAAAACAUCUGCCACGUUUGGCACCGUCGUUAUAUACGUUCGAACAGUAUUAAAUCUAUCAUUUUUCACAGUCGGAUAGCGGCAAAAAAAAAAAGACAUGAAUACUUUUUAAACCAUCUGAUAUAUUAUAAUAUAGAACGUCGGCCUGCCGAACGUAUAAAUUAUAAUUAUAUUUCUUACCGGCUAUCAAAAAAAAAAAAAAAAAUUAAAUUCUUAAUAAAUAGUAUACUUACCUAAUAAAUGAUUGAAAAAAUAUGUCUUCUAUAAUAAGAUAGAAAUUAUGUUUUCUAUGUUAUGCUAUAAUUGCAUUUAUGAUGUGUUGUUUUUUUUUUCAUACUCGAUGGACAGGUUCUAUGAAAACCUACUUAAUAAGUGUUUAUUUGUGUUUUUACUACAACAUAUUAUUAAGAUUAUAUAUCGAAGUGUGUUGGAAUUUUUAACGCCACGUCAUGGCGCUCAAACGGGUUAGUUACUGUAAGCUGCGUUUAAUCGUAAUCGAUGGAUUUUGGAUUAUAUAAGUUAUAUAUUAUCAUUAUUAUUAUUAUUAUUAUUAUUAUUAUCAUUAUCAUUAUUGGAAUGCUUUUAUUACUAUAUAUGUUUAUAAUAUCAUAUUUAUAUAUUUAAGCUAUCUAUUAUAAGUUAUCGAUUUUAAGAGCAUAAACAGAAACUAUACACUAAAUAUAAUAAAGGUAUACCCAACCCGUGUACCCAUUAUUAUGUGCCUCCGAAUACAGUAUAUUUGUGUGACAUCAAAAAAUAAUUAUAACUACCAUCGCAGUCGGGAUACAAUUUUCCUUUAAUAUAUAUUCGACCUCCCCUCCCUGGACGACAAUAAUAAUAUUAUACAUUUUAAUAACGUCAUCGCUCAUUCCGAAGCCUAUCGCUCGACGGUCGAUAUAUUUCUUUUAACUUACCGGCAUUGGAUAUACUACGCGUCUUGUAACGUAAAAAACAUAGUAUAGUAUACAUUAUUUGACUUUACCUCAAUUGUGUCCCCAAAAUCACGUUAUUAAUAUAGUUAGUUGAAAUUUCCUUAUAUAAAUCCGAGUAGGCCUGCCCUGCGUGUUUCAACCUUUUCAUUGCAGCGUGUAGCAGUAAAUUCAAAUUUGGACAGAAUUGCAAAAGAAAUAUUUUGAACCUUCGCAGCCGGCAGAUACGAAAGAACCAAUAUCGUUUAUUCGAGUAUUUUCUUUUUUUUCAGAGUACGUUUCUAUAGAUUGACGUUAUGCAAUUGUAGGUAAUUGUUUUUUUCGCGAUUGUCCAUGACUCGAUGUACGGUCUGCACAUAAUAUAUCGAGAGGUCGUGAGGGCGGUCGCCACCGAUGCGGUCAUUAUGUAAUUGAAUAAUUAUAACUGGCAGGUAUACUAUUAAAAUAUGAGGAGUGCGUAAUAAUAAAACAAGUGUGAGAUUUUUAACAACCAAAAAAAUUAAUACGAAAAAUUAUUCGUUAUCGGUUCCUUUCAAACCUUGCCGUUCCAGUGUGACGUAAUUGUUUACCCUUUUUUUCUCAUCAGAAAGUAUAUUCUCCGUACACUGAUAUUCUUAUAUACAUUAUAUUAUAUAUUUACUUUACGUAUAUAUAAAAAUAUAUUAGUAUUCUCGUAAUUGUUAAGGAUUUGUAAUUUUUUUUUAUAUAUAUUUUAUUAAAUCGGCUGAAUAUUUAAUUGCGACUAUUAUAAAAUAAUACAAUUUAUUUACCAUCCAAAUAUUUUAUGAAUACGUUAGACAAAAAUGUUGUACGCAUAUCCAUGGCACUUCAUCGUGUUAUAAUUUGUGAUUUCAAGUCUGCGUUUACGUAUCAUAUGAUAAUACUAUUUUUAUUUUCGUUUUUUCGAUUAAACGGUUUCAUACAAAAUACUACGCAGUAGGUAUAUCCAUAUACUUACACGUAAUAUAUUGUUAUAUCCAAAAAAUAUAUUGUACGUUUUGGUGUGCUUCUGGUUGACUAUAUAUUAUAUACCAGCUUUAUAUAUUAUAUGUUGUUUGGUGUUGAAAAAAAUCAAAUAAAUCUUGUUUUAUUUGACAAAAAA